AUGAGCAAGAACAGCCACUUUCCAUGGUCUACCGCAGAUCGCUGUGAGCUGCAUUCCUCGGGCUCGCAGCCGGCCGCACUGGCCUGCGAUGAUGGGGAUGAGCAGCUCAGCCAGCCUGCAGAGCCUGCCAGCGGGAGAGCCAGCCCCUGGGAUGAUGCUCAGCCCUCUCGAGGAGCGGAGGGGGAGCGUGGGGGCCAGGGGGACGAACAUCUGGAAGCAGCAACAGAGCCGGGCGAGAGGCAGGGUGAGCAGGGACCGGGGACAGGCGCUGCCAGCGAGAGCAGCCGUGAGGAUGGGCCAGUGCUGGUGAACGGCGUGGACACAGAGCUGGCCGCAGGACGGGAGCAGACGCCGCUGCAGCAGCGGGACGGCAGUGUGCCCAGCCGAAGCAGCACAGAUUCGGGGGAGAGGGGCUCCCCCAGCCAGGAGAUACCUAGCGAGGCCCUCAGCAAGGAGCGGUGGCACGGUGUCCUGGGAUCCUCAGAAGCUCUGAGUGCUGACGAGCCAGAGGAUCAGCUCGGGUUUGCUUCUGGAGAUGCCAAUCUGAGCUGCAGUGAGGAUGACAAGGAACAUUUUCAAUUCAAAGACAUCAGGGAUGGGUUCAGCUCGACCUUUGAGAAGAUUGUUGAGUCUGACCUUAUGAAGGGUACAUACUACAGCAGCUUGGACUCUUUGGAUGUCCUCUCUCUCACAGACGAGACAGACAGCUGUGUCAGUUUUGAGGCCCCACUCACCCCAUUGAUCCAGCAAAGGGUCAAGGAAAGCCCCGAGCUCUUGGAGCAGAAACUGGUAGCCCAGCAGAGAGAAGCCCUUCACCAUAUGGCUGCUGAUAAGCAAGAGCAGGCAGCAGCAAAGCCAGCGGAGGGGGAUUUUGGAAGCCCUCUCAGGCACUCAAUUACCAGCAGCAGAUCAGAGAACGUGCUGAGCCGGUUGUCCUUGAAGAGUAUCCCAAAUGGGUUCCAUGUGGAAGGAUCAGGGGAAGAUACCACCAAGAUCAUUAACUCCAUCAGCGAUGCCAGCUUGAAAGAUGCACUAUCAGACUCUGACUCCGACAUGGGCAGCACAGAGCAGCUUGACCAGGGCAGCACGGACACCUUGGCGAAUGGCUGCAGGGCAGAUAGUGAGGCUGCCAAGAGGCUGGCCAAGCGUCUCUACAACCUUGAAGGGUUCAAGCGCUGCGAUGUGGCACGCCAGCUUGGGAAAAAUAACGAAUUUAGCAAGUUGGUAGCAGAGGAGUAUCUCAGCUUCUUUGACUUCACUGGCCUGACCCUUGACAAAGCACUCAGGACAUUCUUAAAAGCGUUCCCGCUGAUGGGAGAGACACAGGAGCGGGAGCGGGUGCUGAUUCAUUUCUCCCGGCGAUACUGCCACUGCAACCCAGAAGAGAGCACGUCCGAAGAUGGGAUUCAUACGCUCACCUGUGCCCUGAUGCUGCUAAACACAGACCUGCAUGGCCAU